CUCGAAGUCCCAAUCAACCGUCCUUUCUCCCACCCAAUUAGAAUCUGAAGUACCCCGUCAUAACUACCGCCGCCGCCGACACCACUGAAGCACCGCCCCCUGUCCUUCCUCCCUCCUCGUAGACCCUUCUCCAAGAGAAAGCAUCCACCUUUUCUUCACGCGUUCAUUCCAGAGACUGCUUUCAACGGUGAGCAUCACCAUCGAGCCAAAAACAGAAUAUAUUCGCCAGUCGACCCAGGCAAAGAGAGAGAGAGAGAGAGAGAGAGAGAAGGACCACAUUUGUCUGUGUCUGCUAUUCCCUUCUUCUCUGGGUUGCUCUGCUAGCUGGGUUUUGGGUCGCUGGCGGUUCUUGAUUUUCUGCGAGGGAGUUCUUGAAGUUCGGAGAUGGGAGACGAAGCUCGGGUGGAUGGAGAGAACGGGGACGUUGGCGGGAGGAGUGAUCGCGGCUCGGUGCUGGACAUUUACCCGCUCAGCGGCUACUACUUCGGGUCCAAGGAGGCAAUCUCUUUCAGAGACGAGACAAUAGCGGAUCGUGUCCUUCGGAUGAAAUCCAACUAUGCAGCUCAUGGCAUGAGGACCUGUGUGGAGGCGGUUGUUGUGGUCGAGUUGUUCAAACACCCCCAUGUCUUGCUGUUGCAAGUAAGGAACUCCACCUUUAAGCUGCCUGGCGGUCGCCUAAGGCCAGGAGAAUCGGAGAUUGAAGGGCUAGGACGCAAGCUGUCCAGAAAGCUUUCUGUUAGUGACAGCGGUGAUGAGAAGGAAUGGGAGAUUGGAGAAUGCCUGGGGAUGUGGUGGAGGCCCGACUUUGAGACGUUAUUAUACCCUUACUUGCCCCCAAAUGUCAAGAAGCCAAAGGAGUGCACAAAGCUGUUUCUUGUGAAGUUGCCUGUGAGUCGGAAGUUCAUCGUGCCCGGAAACCUGAAAUUGCUUGCAGUUCCAUUGUGCCAGAUCCAUGAUAAUUCCAAGACUUACGGGCCGAUAAUAUCGGGAAUUCCACAGCUGCUAUCAAAGUACUCUUUCAAUAUUGUUGACGUGGAGUAAAUAUUAAGGAGCGGAGUGACUUCUGCUGGGACGGUUCUGUCUUUGUAGAAAUAUGAGUAUCUUUUUUGUUUAGUCGCUUUAGCUGGCAUAUAUAAACACACUUGUAAAUAUUAUGAAAGAGGGCCUGUUGUACGGAUUUUGAUGUCAAAACAGGAAAUGUGUUCACUGUCGAAUGUAUAAAUAAGCGUUUAACAAGACAUCGAGGCAUAAGUAGAGAGGAGGCAUAGUAUAUGUUAUCAUGCAUUGAAGCAUUUCUCAAAA